CGGCUGGCGUACUCCAUGGAGGCGCUCUUUGACGAGCGCUCCAACGACUACUUCACCAUCGACGCCGAGACGGGCAGUGUGGUCACUGCCCGCAGCCUUGACCGGGAGACGAAGGACACCCACGUGCUGAAGGUUACCGCCUCCGACCAUGGUUCCCCACGCCGCCGUUCGGCCACCACCUAUCUGACAGUGACUGUGAGUGACACCAACGACCACGAGCCGGUGUUUGAGCAGCCUGAGUACCGGGAGAGCAUCCGGGAGAACCUGGAGGUGGGUUAUGAGGUGCUGACCAUCCGUGCCACUGAUGGUGAUGCCCCAGCCAAUGCCAACAUGCUCUACCGCCUGCUGGAGCCAGGUGCUGGUGACGGAGUCUUUGAGAUUGACCCGCGUUCUGGGGUUGUGAGGACCCGAGCUUCGGUGGACCGUGAGGAGGUCUCUGAGUACCACCUGGUGGUGGAAGCCAACGACCAGGGCAAGGACCCAGGACCGCGCAGUGCCACAGCUAUGGUGCACAUCACUGUAGAGGAUGAGAAUGACAACUACCCUCAGUUCAGUGAGAAGCGCUACCUGGUCCAGGUGCCAGAGGAUGCCCCAGUGAACAGCCAGAUACUGCAGGUACAGGCCACAGAUCGGGACCGGGGCAGCAAUGCCCAGGUGCACUACAGCAUUGUGAGUGGCAACCUGAAAGGCCAGUUCUACAUUCACUCUUUCUCUGGCGCCAUCGACCUCAUCAACCCUCUGGAUUACGAGACUAUUCGGGAGUACACCCUCCGGAUCAAAGCCCAGGAUGGGGGCAGACCUCCUUUGAUCAACUCCAGUGGUAUGGUGUCGGUACAGGUUGUAGAUGUGAAUGACAAUGCCCCCAUCUUUGUGAGCACUCCCUUCCAGGCCACGGUGCUGGAGAAUGUUCCUCUGGGCUACUCGGUGCUGCACAUCCAGGCUGUGGAUGCUGACUCUGGAGAGAAUGCCCGCCUGGAGUACAAACUCAUAGAGAUGGCACCAUCCGCUGGAGGUGCCCCUGUAGCAAGUGACUCUGGGUUCCCUUUUCAAAUCAACAACAGCACGGGGUGGAUCACUGUGGCUGCGGAGCUGGACCGAGAGACUGUGGAAAACUAUCACUUUGGGGUGGAGGCCAGGGACCACGGUGUGCCGGUCAUGACCUCCUCAGCCAGCGUGUCCAUCACUGUCCUGGACGUGAACGACAACAAUCCCACCUUCACAGAGAAGGUGUAUCACCUCAGACUGAACGAGGAUGCAGCUGUGGGCAGCAGUGUCCUGACCCUGACAGCAGUGGACAGGGACGUUAACAGUGUUGUGACUUACCAGAUUACCAGUGGCAACACCAGGAAUCGUUUUGCCAUCACCAGUCAGAGUGGAGGAGGGCUGAUCACACUGGCCUUGCCCCUGGAUUACAAGCAAGAGAGGCAGUAUGUGCUCACAGUCACUGCCUCUGAUGGCACUCGCUUUGACACUGUCCAGGUCUUCAUCAAUGUCACAGAUGCCAACACACACCGCCCAGUCUUCCAGAGCUCCCACUACACAGUGAGUGUCAGUGAGGACAAGCCCAUUGGCACCUCUAUUGUCACCAUCAGUGCCACUGAUGAAGACACAGGGGAGAAUGCAAGAAUCACUUAUAUUUUGGACGAUAAUAUCCCCCAGUUCCGCAUUGACCCUGAUACAGGCACCAUCACCACCCUGAUGGAGCUGGACUAUGAGGACCAGGCCUCCUACACGUUGGCUAUUACAGCCCACGACAAUGGUAUCCCCCAGAAAUCGGACACGACGUACGUUGAGAUUCUCAUCCUGGACGCCAAUGACAAUGCACCCCGCUUCCUGCGCGACCGCUACCAGGGCUCAGUUUUUGAGGAUGUGCCGCUCUCCACCAGUGUCCUGCAGCUGUCUGCCACUGACCGUGACUCGGGCCUCAAUGGCCGUCUCCUCUACACAUUCCAAGGUGGUGACGAUGGAGAUGGGGACUUCUACAUUGAGCCCACUUCUGGAGUGAUACGCACGCUGCGCAAGCUGGACCGCGAGAACGUGGCUGUGUACAGCCUGCGGGCUUUUGCUGUGGACAGGGGCAGCCCGCCACUGAAGGCCUCUGUGGACAUCCAGGUGACUGUGCUGGACAUUAAUGACAACCCCCCUGUCUUUGAGAAGGAUGAAUUUGAUAUCUUUGUGGAGGAGAACAGCCCCGUGGGCUCUAUUGUGGCACGGAUCAGUGCAGCUGAUCCUGAUGAGGGGACCAAUGCACAGAUCAUGUACCAGAUUGUAGAGGGGAACAUCCCUGAGGUCUUCCAACUAGACUUGCUCAAUGGAGACCUCACAGCCCUAAUGGACCUGGAUUAUGAGAGCAGGACAGAGUAUGUUAUUGUGGUGCAGGCCACUUCAGCGCCUCUUGUGAGCCGAGCAACUGUGCACAUCCGCCUCCUGGACCAGAACGAUAACCCACCCGUGCUGCAGGACUUCCAGAUCCUCUUCAAUAACUACGUGACCAACAAGUCCAACAGCUUUCCCUCUGGCGUGAUUGGCAAGAUCCCAGCUCAUGAUCCUGAUGUGUCUGAUAGCCUGGCCUACACUUUUGUCCAAGGCAAUGAAUUAAACUUGCUCCUUUUGGACUCUGUCACUGGGGAGCUCAAACUCAGUCGUGAUCUGGACAACAACAGACCCCUGGAAGCCCUUAUGAAAGUGUCAGUCUCAGAUGGUGUUCACAGUGUCACUGCAGUCUGCACCCUGCGUGUCACCAUCAUCACGGACGACAUGCUCACCAACAGCAUCACAGUGCGGCUGGAGAACAUGUCCCAGGAGAGGUUCCUUUCUCCCCUCCUGUCCCUCUUUGUGGAGGGGGUGGCAACCGUGCUCUCCACUGCCAAGGACGGCAUCUUUGUUUUCAACAUCCAAAACGACACGGAUGUCAGCUCCAAUAUCCUGAACGUGACCUUCUCAGCCUUGCUCCCUGGUGGCAUUCGAAACAAGUUCUUCCCCUCGGAGGACCUGCAGGAGCAGAUCUACCUCAACAGGACGCUGCUGACCACGAUUUCCACACAGAGGGUGCUGCCUUUCGACGACAACAUCUGCUUGCGUGAGCCCUGUGAGAACUACAUGAAGUGUGUCUCCGUCCUGAAGUUUGACAGCUCGGCCCCGUUCAUCAGCUCCAACACGGUCCUGUUCCGCCCCAUCCACCCCAUCAAUGGGCUGCGGUGCCGGUGCCCGCCGGGCUUCACCGGGGACUACUGUGAGACGGAAAUCGAUCUGUGCUACUCCAACCCUUGCGGCAGCAACGGGCUCUGCCGAAGCCGGGAGGGCGGCUACACUUGUGAGUGCUACGAGGACUACACCGGAGAGUACUGCGAGGUGAACGCGCGCUCCGGCCGCUGCGCUCCGGGCGUGUGCAAGAACGGAGGAACCUGUGUGAACCUGCUCAUCGGGGGCUUCAAGUGCGAGUGCCCCCCGGGCGAGUACGAGCGGCCCUACUGCGAGAUGACCACCAGGAGCUUCCCCCCUCAGUCCUUCAUCACCUUCAAGGGGCUGCGGCAGCGCUUCCACUUCACCGUCUCCCUCAUGUUUGCAACCAGGGAGAGGAACGCUCUCCUCCUCUACAACGGGCGUUUCAACGAGAAGCACGACUUCAUUGCCUUGGAGAUCAUUGAGGAGCAGAUCCAGCUCACCUUCUCUGCAGGGGAGACAACCACGACAGUGGCCCCGUUCAUUGCGGGAGGGGUCAGCGACGGGCAGUGGCACUCGGUUCAGGUGCAGUACUACAAUAAGCCAAACAUUGGCCGAUUAGGAAUUCCCCAUGGGCCCUCUGGAGAGAAGGUGGCUGUGGUGACUGUGGACGACUGUGACACGGCAGUGGCCGUGCGCUUCGGGAGCCUCAUUGGAAACUACACCUGUGCUGCCCAGGGGACUCAGACUGGCUCAAAAAAAUCUUUGGACCUUACUGGCCCUCUCCUCCUUGGUGGUGUCCCAAACUUGCCUGAGGAUUUCCCGGUGCACAACAGGCAGUUCAUUGGCUGCAUGAGGAACCUCUCCAUCGACAGCAAGCCCAUCGACAUGGCUGGUUUCAUUGCCAAUAAUGGCACUCUGCCAGGCUGUGCAGCUCAGAGGAACUAUUGUGAAACCAACUGGUGCCAGAAUGGAGGCACGUGCAUCAACAAGUGGAACACGUACAUCUGUGAGUGCCCUGUGCGCUACGGGGGGAAGAACUGUGAGCAAGCAAUGCCUUCUCCUCAGCGUUUCAGUGGUGAGAGCAUUAUCAUUUGGAGUGACCUUGACAUUACCAUCUCUGUGCCGUGGUACAUUGGGCUGAUGUUCAGAACCCGGAAAGUCAAUGGCAUGUUAAUGCAAGCCAAUGCUGGGGCUGCAUCCAAGAUCAACAUUCAGAUACUGAACAAUUACGUGCAGUUUGAAGUGUACAGUGGCCUGAGCCAGGUUGCUAGUUUGAAGAUGAGCCAGUCACGGGUCAGUGAUGGGGAAUGGCAUCAUUUAUUAGUAGAGCUGAAGAGUGCAAAAGAUGGUAAAGAUCUCAAGUACCUUGCUGUCAUGUCCUUGGACUAUGGGAUGUAUCAGAGCACUGUGCAGAUUGGAAAUCAACUACCUGGAUUGAAAAUGAAAAGCAUCAUUGUGGGAGGUGUCUCUGGAGACCAAGUCUCUGUUCAGCAGGGAUUUUAUGGAUGUAUGCAGGGAGUAAGAAUGGGAGAGACAUCUACAAACAUAGCGACACUCAACAUGAAACAGGCUAUCAAGAUCAACGUAAGGGAGGGCUGUGAAGUGGAUAACCCUUGUGAUUCCAACCCAUGUCCCCAGCACAGCUACUGCAGUGACGACUGGGACAGCUACUCCUGUGUCUGUGACCCAGGGUACUUUGGGAGGGACUGUGUUGAUGUAUGCAACUUGAACCCAUGUGAGCAUGUCUCCACAUGUGUGCACAAACCUAGCUCAUCCCACGGAUACACCUGUGAAUGUGGACAAAGCUACUAUGGACAGUACUGCGAAAGCAAGAUAGACCUACCUUGUCCCAGAGGUUGGUGGGGAAAUCCCAUCUGUGGCCCAUGUAAUUGUGAGACUAGUAAAGGGUUUGAUUCUGAUUGCAAUAAGACCAAUGGAGAAUGCCACUGCAAGGCCAAUUACUACAGGCCCCAAAGCAGUGACACCUGCUACCCCUGUGACUGCUUCCCAUCUGGCUCCCACACACGCGCCUGCGACAUGGAGACGGGACAGUGUCCUUGCAAGCCCGGCGUCAUCGGGCGGCAGUGCAACCGCUGCGACAACCCCUUUGCAGAGGUCACCGUGAGGGGCUGUGAAGUAAUUUAUAAUGGCUGUCCCAAAGCUUUUGAGGCUGGUAUUUGGUGGCCACAGACCAAGUUUGGCCAGCCAGCUGCUGUGCCUUGUCCUAAGGGAUCAGUGGGAAAUGCCGUCCGGCAUUGUAACAUUGAGAAGGGCUGGCUGCCUCCCGAGCUUUUCAACUGCACCACCAACACUUUUGUGGAUCUAAAAGUCAUGAAUGAGAAGUUACACCACAAUGAGACCAAGCUGGAUGGAGAGAAAACCAUACGGAUCGUGAGAGCGCUGCAGAAUGCCACCAAGUAUACACACAGCUUGUAUGGCAAUGACGUGAGGACAGCUUACCAGAUAAUGAUCCGGGUCCUCCAGUAUGAGAGCCAGCAGCAAGGGUUUGACUUGGCAGCCACAAGGGAUGUGGAAUUCAAUGAGAAUAUUAUCAAAGUGGGUAGUGCUUUGCUGGACCCUGGCAACAAGGAGCACUGGGAGCAAAUUCAGCGAACGGAGGGUGGCACCGCUCACCUGCUCAGGCACUACGAGGAAUAUUUCAACAAUGUGGCCCAGAACAUGAAAAAAACCUACAUGAGACCUUUUGUCAUUGUUGCCACUAACAUGAUUAUUGCUGUUGACAUCUUUGACAAGUCUAAUUUCACGGGAGCUAGAAUACCACGAUUUCAUGAGAUUAAAGAAGAUUACCCAAAAGAUCUGGAGUCAUCUGUUGUCUUCCCUGAUACUUUAUUCAGACCUUCAGAAAGGAAAGGUAAAACCCUUCUGCUGCUGUUUGGUGAGCAAUUAUGGCCAGUUCCCAGGGAGCGUGGUGGAUCCUCAGGGAGCAGAAGUGCUUUUGCAAAGAGAAAGAAGCGGCACCCAGACACUGAGACACAUCAUACUGUUGCUAUGGUCAUCAUCUACCGAUCCCUGGGACACCUCCUGCCUGAAAACUAUGACCCUGACAGGAGAAGCUUGAGAUUGCCAAAUCGCCCUAUCAUCAACACACCUGUAGUGAGCACAGCCAUUCACAGUGAUGGGGAGUUUCCUCCCAACCUGGUGGAAAAGCCUGUCAUAGUGGAGUAUGCCAUGCUGGAAACAGAGGAGAGAACAAAGCCUGUCUGUGUCUUCUGGAAUCACUCCAUCACGAUUGGUGGGACAGGUGCCUGGUCCUCCCGAGGGUGUGAGCUGUUUUCCAGAAACCACAGCCAUAUCGCUUGCCAGUGCAACCAUAUAACCAGCUUUGCUGUCCUGAUGGACAUUUCUAAACGAGAGAAUGGGGAAGUGCUUCCUCUGAAGAUUGUCACUUACACCACCGUAUCCAUCUCGCUGGCGGCUUUGCUGAUCACCUUCAUCUUGCUGGUCCUGAUCCGCACACUGCGUUCCAACUUGCACAGUAUCCACAAAAACCUGGUGGCUGCCCUGUUCUUUUCUGAGCUUGUCUUUCUUAUUGGAAUCAACCAGACUGAAAACCCGUUUGUGUGUACUGUGAUUGCCAUCCUCCUGCAUUAUUUCUACAUGAGCACCUUUGCAUGGAUGUUUGUGGAGCAGCUCCACAUCUACCGGAUGCUGACUGAAGUGAGGAACAUCAACUUCGGGCACAUGCGGUUCUACUACGUUGUUGGCUGGGGCAUUCCUGCCAUCAUAACAGGGCUUGCUGUUGGUCUGGAUCCACAAGGCUAUGGGAAUCCUGAUUUCUGCUGGCUGUCUGUUCAUGACACCCUGAUCUGGAGUUUCGCUGGGCCCAUCGUAAUGGUUGUUGUUAUAAACACUGUCAUUUUUAUACUAGCAAUGAAAGCAUCAUGCAGACGAAGGCAACGUUCAUUUGAAAAAACAGGAGUCAUCCCCGUGCUGCGGACAGCAUUCCUGCUGCUGCUGCUUAUCAGCGCCACGUGGCUGCUGGGGCUCAUGGCAGUCAACAGCGACGUCAUGACGUUUCACUAUCUCUUUGCCAUUUUCAGCUGCCUGCAGGGGCUGUUCAUUUUCUUCUUCCACUGCGUAUUUAACAAAGAAGUGAGAAAGCACUUGAAGAACACUUUAACUGGAAAGAAACCUCUUCCAGACGAUUCCACUGCAACAAGAGCUACAUUGUUAACGCGAUCUCUGAACUGCAACAACACUUAUAUAGAAGAGCCAAACAUGUAUCGCACAACUAUGGGGGAAUCCACUGUCUCCCUAGAAAGCACCGUCAGGGAUGAGGCUGCUCACAAACUCAGUGGAUCCUCAAGUCAAGCAAGGGCUGGUCAGACUGAAGCAGAUUCCUCCAUUUUUCAUAGGAAUCCAUCCAAAUCCAAUGAGCACGAUUCAGACUCUGACAGCGAGCUGUCCCUCGAUGAACACAGCAGUUCCUACGCCUCUUCCCAUUCAUCGGACAGCGAGGAGGAUGGACUCGAGACAGAGAAGAAGUGGAGCACAUCUACUUCCAAAAACAAUGAACAUGGCCCACUCCACAGCACACCCAAAGUUGAUACCCUUCCCAAUCAUGUGAAACCCUAUUGGCCCACAGAGUGCGUAACAGCCAGCGAUGGCGAGGAUCCCGGUAGGAAACAAAAACUCAAAGUAGAGACCAAGGUCAACGUAGAGCUUCACAGGGAAAACCAGGUGAACCACAGCAAUGAAGCACCCCAGGACAAGGAGAACGAAGGGCAGCAGAAGGAGAACAGACCUCUGGCCCACCAGAAUAACCAGCAGCCGGAGCAGAGGAAAGGCAUCUUAAAAAAUAAAGUUACCUACCCUCCCCCACUGGUGGAUAAGAAUAUGAAGAAUCGUUUGCGGGAAAAGCUGUCGGAUUACAAUCAGAGCACAGUCUCAUCCAGGACUACUUCCCUAGGGACAAAUGAGGGGGUCCGCUCUCCUUCGGACUCAGGGGUAACAGUGAAAAAUGUUCGGAGGGAGCAGUCUCGAGACCAGCUCAAUGGCAUGGCCAUGAACCUCCACGUGGGAACAGGACAUGCUGACACCUCAGACUCAGACGGCAGUAAUGAAACUUCAAUUUGAACCAUCAGGAAAUUGUGAUCACCUCUGCGCGGUUCCGCCUCCUCGCCGCGCUGCCCGCCUCGCACUUCAUCGGAGUGGCCACACGGUGAGGGGGAUGAGGUGGGCAUCCAUUCCCACGUGGUUUCACCUUCUGGCAGAAUGCUGACUGCUCCCGGGGCAGGCACAGUCCCGGCUGCUCCGGCAGUAAGGGCUCUGUGUGGUACGCUCCUCCCACAGGAACCCACGCUGCAAAGAUGGGAAUGGAAACAGGGGUGCACGGUGAUGGACAGAGACUGUGCACGGUGCAGGCAGUGCUGCAGGGGUUGCUUGUUGCAGGGGAGAACCAAGGAAGAACACAUUGCUUCCUAGUGGACCUACACAAGCCUGAAGACAAGCACUAGGAGGUGUCUCUUGCGGAGUUUUGAUGGCUGCAGCGUGAAGCCUUGAGGUUGCUGAGCUCUAGGGAGGAAUAUUGCAACAAGUGUCCUUUGGUUUCUAUGCCAGCA